UAAUUUCUAUAUUUUAAUUGUUUUUUCUUUUUUUAAUUGAGAGUCUGCCGGUCAUAACAAGAAAAGCACAACAAACCUUCUCAAAAUCAAAAUCCAAUCUCUCUAUAAAAAGGAAAAAUCCCUUAAAUUGUGCCACAGAAACCUAAGAAAUCUCUGCUGUGUUCAUGGAGAUGGUUCAGCACAAGCUGAUCAUGUCAAUCUUCCUUUUAUCCCUUUGUCUGUUCGUGCCUUUGACCCAAGCCACCGACGUUAAGUAUUGCGAUAAGAAGGGAGAUUAUGAUGUUAAGGUGAAAGGAGUAGAGAUAACGCCGAAUCCGGUGGCGAGAGGACAGUCAGCCACCUUCAGUAUUUCCGCAACCACAGGUGAAGCAAUCUCUGGAGGAAAAUUGGUGAUUGAUGUUGCGUACUUUGGAUGGCACAUCCAUAGUGAGACUCAUGAUCUUUGUGAGGAGACAUCCUGCCCUGUGACUGAUGGUGAAUUUGUAGUAGCUCAUUCACAAGUUUUACCAGGAUUUACUCCACCUGGUUCAUACUCCCUUACUAUGAAAAUGUUCGAUGGUAACAAACGCCAGUUAACUUGCAUUAGCUUCGAUUUUAGCAUUGGGUUUGCAUCACCCAUUGCAGAUAGUUAGGUUUCUGAAGAUGUGAUUUAAAGUCUAUUUACUAUCACUGUAUGAAUAGCAUGUACAGAGAAAUCUUUAUGCGAUGUAUGUUACAAGCACAGCUACUUUAACUUUGCUGCUAUGGUUCUGUCUGUAAGUUGUGAGUUUUAAGCUUUAUCAAGACGAGGAGAACUCAUGGCUCUUGCUAUAUGUUUAUUUUAGUUAUCGUUGAUAUGUUAUGACUGCAAUUUGCAUGAUAAUAGGCUGUCUGAUCACUCUUAUAAUUUCAA